CCUAUCCAAUGGGAGCGGGACGGAGGCGGGCCCGGCGCCGUCCGGUGCGGAGCCGCGGUUGCCUGGCUCAGGGUCUGGAUGUGUCUGCUGCUGGGGGCCGCGGGCGUCGGGAAGACGCUGCUGGUGAAACGCCUGCAGAAGCUGAGCUCCCGCGACUGUAAGGGCGACCUGGGGGAGCCCCCGCCUACGCUGCCCACGGUGGGUACCAACCUUACUGACAUCGUGGCCCAGAGAAAGAUUACCAUCCGGGAGCUUGGGGGGUGCAUGGGCCCCAUCUGGUCCAGUUACUACGGAAACUGCCAUUCAUUGCUGUUCAUGAUGGAUGCUUCCAACCCCACCCAACUCUCUGCAUCCUGUGUACAGCUCUUGGGUCUCCUUUCUUCAGAACAACUUGCAGAAGCAUCAGUCCUGAUACUCUUCAAUAAGAUCGACCUUCCCUGUUACAUGACCAUUGAGGAGAUUAAGUCAUUAAUCAGGCUCCCAGACAUCAUUGCUUGUGCCAAGCAGAACAUUACCACGUUGGAAAUCAGCGCCCGGAAAGGCACUGGGUUGGCCAAGGUGUUGCACUGGCUCCAGGAUGAGCACCGAAGCAGCCGGUGACCACAGGGUGGAGAACUGUGCCGGAGGCAGAGGAUGGCAUUGUUGGGCCUCCACUGGAAUGUUCUUAUGGGUUCAACAAGGAGCCUCGCACGAUAGGGCUCUGUGUGGAGAUGCAGCAGUGGGUCAGCUGAGGCACACGAAACUAGAAGCUCUUGACGACUGGAAGAAAAGACUGUGUCCACGGCUGGGAGAAGAGGACUGCCCUGCUGCUGUCCUGGAUGGUGCUGUGACACAUUUUCCUGCCACCAGGAAAUCUGCUUGCCCCAGGGUAUUUGGACUGCAUAGUGCCACUGAGACCUAGACUCUUGUCUGCAGUAGAAGCUCCAGGCUUCUAGUUUCUCACCCCCGACCCUGUCCCUUAAGACCUCAUGGCAUGGUGGAUGAAGUGAGCCCAAGUCAGAAACGAGCUUGGUUCACUUGUUCAGCAAGUGGCUAUUGCUCUGAGGUGCCCAGAGCAUGCAUAGGUUCUUUCCUAUGCAGGAGGCAAGGAGGGGAUGGAGGCCUGGGGUCUUGGUGUCCUGCCGGGGCCUGUCACCUCAGCCAAGCCAGCUUGUGGGAGAAUGCUUACUGUGCUGAUUGGUGUGUCCGUGUGUUCUGAGGCUUCUUAAAACAAAUGACUACCAACUAGGGGAGCUUAAGCCAUAGAAAUUUGUUCUCACAGUUCGGAGGCCACAAGUCCAAAGUAAAGGUGUCAACUGGGUUGGUUCCUUCUGAAGUGCUGAGGGCAGUGUCCAUUCCUUUCCUCUUUUCUCUAGUACUGCUGCAGUCCUUGGCCUUCUGUGGGUUGGUUGUGGACUCCCCCUCUGUCUUCCUCUCCUGGGUCAGUGUUCUCUCUUCUUUACGAUGUCUGUAAUUGGAAAUCUGGGAUGAUACGUAAGCCACCUGCAAAGAACCUUUUUCCAAAUAAGGUCAUGUUUGCUUGUUCUGGGUCUAUGGCCUGGCCAUACCUUUGGGGUCAACCACUCUACCUACAAUAAUUGAAUAAAACUCAUUCUGAGUGAG